GAAGCUUUCCGCUGUUUUUGUUGUGAUGAUAAUGUUCUCACAAGCCCACUCCGAUCUAGUCCGCCUUGAAGAUGACAACAUCAACGGGUUCAUAACAACGGUGAUCGGAGUUUGCAAAGGAUAUGACGACAAACAGUCAUGUCAAAAUCUUUUGUUGGAGCUCAAGAGGGUAUCCUCGUCACUCUCGGAGAUGAGAUGUUGUGACUUAUUGAUCAUCAUUUUGAAGAAUUCCGUGUGGAGGAUCGACAUGGCUAUGAUUGGUGUGAUGGAAGACACAAAACUACUUGAGGAAAUGGAGAAUGAUAUGCUUGGUGUGAAGGAGGACACAAAUCUAUUUGAAGAGAUGAUGGAGUCAGCAAAAGAUAGGAUGAUCCGUUCAGUGGAAGAACUCUUAGGAGGAGAAAGCCUUAAUCUUGGAUCUUACGAAAACAUCCACACUUGGCUUAGUGGCGUUCUUACUAGCUACAUCACAUGUAUCGACGGAAUUGGUGAAGGUGCCUAUAAACGUCGGGUCGAGCCAGAGCUUGAAGACCUUUAUUCUAAGGCAAGAGUAGCUUUGGCAAUUUUUAUCUCCACUUCUCCGAGAGACGACACCGAACUUAAGUCGGUGGUUCCCAAUGGCCCGUCUUGGUUAUCCAACGUUGACAAGAAAUAUCUAUAUCUUAAUCCUGAGGUUCUAAAGAAGAUUGCCGAUUUUGUGGUCGCAAAAGAUGGGAGCGGAAAUUACAACACAGUGAAUGCGGCCAUUGCAGCGGCACCUGAACACGGUAGAAAGAGAUUCGUCAUUUAUAUAAAGACAGGCGUCUAUGAUGAAAUCGUCCGCAUUGGGAGUAUGAAAACCAAUUUAACUCUCAUCGGUGAUGGUCAAGAUUCAACCAUCAUCACGGGCAAUUUAAGCUGUAACGAUGGUAAAUCAACGUUCCAAACCGCAACUGUUGCUUCUAAUGGUGAUGGCUUCAUCGGAAUAGACAUGUGCUUCCGGAACACGGCCGGACCGGCAAAGGGACAAGCUGUUGCCCUCCGUGUGAGUGGUGAUAUAUCCGUUAUUUACCGAUGCCGUAUCGAGGGGUAUCAGGAUACGUUGUAUCCUCACAGACACCGCCAAUUUUAUAGGGAGUUCUUUAUUACCGGCACUGUAGAUUUUAUCUGUGGAAACGCCGCGGCCGUCUUCCAAUUCUGCCAAAUUGUAGCAAGACAACCGAGGAAGGGGCAGAGCAAUGUGAUAACCGCUCAGUCACGCGAAAGUGAGGACGACAACUCGGGCUUCUCCAUUCAAAAAUGCAAUAUCACUACAAGUCCUGAUCUAGAUCUGGUUAAAGCAACUGUGAAGACGUUUUUUGGUCGUCCAUGGAAGAAGUAUUCAACAGUUGUGAUUCUACAAUCUUUUAUCGGUGAUUUAGUUGAUCCCGCAGGCUGGACUCCUUGGGAAGGAACAACUGGUCUAUCAACUCUCUACUACGGCGAAUAUCAAAACAUGGGUCCAGGAGCUGUGACUAGCAAAAGGGUAAAGUGGAGAGGGUUUAGAGUUCUUACGGAUCCUAACGAGGCCGCAAAAUUAACUGUUAGCAAGCUAUUAGAUGGAAAAUCGUGGCUGAAAGCAAGUGGAGCCCCGUACAAAAAAGGACUAUGAUAAUAUCGUUCCUCUUAUGCUAAUUCACAAUGUAUGAGUCAACGUACUUAAUAAAAGAUAUUAUCUAUCAAUUACUCUAUUUUUUA